AUGACAUCUCUACACUUCACAAUCGAUGACAUUCCCGACUUACACGGCAAGAGGGUCAUUAUCUCAGGAGCAUCUGCUGGCAUCGGCUUAGCCGCAGCAGAAAUCUUCGCAACCAAAGGCGCCUGGGUCCUCAACCUCGACCUUAAUCCCCCUGAAAAAGAAUCCCAGGCCCCAAAAAAUGGCACAAUCGAGUACAGACGAUGCGACGUUUCGAGCUGGGAGCAAUUGACCGCAGCGUUUCAAUAUGCGGGCAACAUCGACAUUGCCGUCGCGAAUGCAGGAAUUUGCGAGGAAACAAAUUACUUCGAAGAUACAUUUGACAGCGUAACGGGAAAUUUAAUCGAGCCGGAAUAUCGCGUUCUGGAUAUCAAUAUUCGAGCAGUUUGCAAUUUCACCAAACUCGCCCUGAGCCAUUUCCGCAAACACCCGGAGCGCGCAGGCAGCAUCGUCAUCAAUUCGAGCGCUACUGCAUAUGCUCCAGAGCAAUCACUCCCAGUCUUCAGUGCGAGCAAACUUGCCCUCAUCGGCCUCGUCCGCGCGCUGCGUUCUUCACUCAGUUGCGAGAAUAUUACUAUCAAUUGUGUUGCGCCCGCAGCGACGAUUACGAGUCUCCUUCCAGCACACCUUGCUAAGCCGAUUAUUGAAGCGGGUCUGCCGGUGAGUUCGGCCAGUUUUGUCGGUCUGGCUAUUGUGUUCUCUGCCGUGGCAAGUCAACGGGGCGCGGUGGAAUUGUAUGGCAAAGAUCACGAGGAUAGGCUGUCGAUGAAGUCGAGAUGGCAUGGACGUACUAUUGUGACGAUGGGAGAGACGUAUACGGAGGUCGAGGGUCCGAUUGCUGAGUUGCGGCCGCAGUGGUUUGGUGAGGAGAAUGCUAGACUUACUCGUUUGCAACAGAGCGCGACGGAUUUUCGGAAGUGA